UAUAUAAAAAAAACACUCUCUCUCAUCUCUUCUUUAUUUUGGAAAGCUUUUCUUGUGGGUUUCUGUUUACUCUACUGUUCCUCUCUCUAGAAACUUUCUCUCUCUACAGCUCAUCUCUCCCUUCUGCCGUAAGCCUCCGUUUUCUCGCCGGAAAAUACCUUGUUAUCCGGAUAACGUGUUCUGAACUCCGGCGCACUGGUACUAUCUCGUUGACAAAGACUCUAAUAUUUUUCCGGCGGUGCUCCGGUGACUCGGUUUGGCGAUAGAAACGGAGGCCAACAGGGAAGGAAAGUGUAAUGAAAUGGUAUUGCGAUUCAGUGUGGUCGAAAAAGACAAAUAUCUACUUAAGAGAAACAGCGCAAUAAUGGUGGAAGGAAGGGCACGUAUCUCUAGGGAGGCAAAAUUGGAAUUUCUAAAGAGCAAGAGACUUCAAAAAAUUAAAUCAGAAAGUGUAGAUGAUAUGCUACAUGUCAGAAAUAUGAUGACUAGAAGCGGGGGAGAUGCGUUAAGAGUUUCUUCAUCAUGUGGCAUGGGAUCACAGAAUGAUGCAUUUGCUCGCCUGGGUGAUGUUUCGAGUAGGCACAACUUUUUCACAAAGCAGAAGGUUGACAGGUUCCACACAGCUGAUCUUGAGUGGAUUGACAAAAUUAAAGAGUGUCCCAUUUACUAUCCAAGUAAAGAGGAAUUUGAUGACCCACUGAUUUAUCUGCAAAAGAUAGCUCCAGAAGCUUCAAAAUUUGGUAUCUGCAAGAUUGUUUCACCUGUGAAUGCAUCUGUGCCUGCUGGUGUAGUAUUGAUGAAAGAAAACAUAGGUUUUAAGUUUACCACCAAGGUGCAGCCUCUUCGUCUUGCUGAGUGGGAUACUGAUGACAGAGUUACCUUUUUCCAGAGUGGACGAAAUUAUACUUUCCGGGAAUUUGAGAGAAUGGCGAACAAGGUUUUCGCACGUAGAUAUUGUAGUGCUGGAUAUCUUCCUUCCACUUAUAUGGAAAGAGAAUUUUGGAAUGAAAUAGCUUGUGGAAAGACAGAAAGUGUUGAGUAUGCCUGCGAUGUUGACGGUAGUGCAUUUUCUUCAUCUCCCAGUGACCAACUUGGAAAAAGCAAAUGGAACUUAAAGAAUUUGUCUCGUCUUCCAAAGUCUAUUCUACGCCUGCUUGAGACAAUAAUUCCGGGAGUUACUGAGCCGAUGCUCUAUAUUGGGAUGCUAUUUAGUAUGUUUGCCUGGCAUGUGGAGGAUCAUUACUUGUAUAGCAUGAACUAUCAUCACUGUGGGGCAGCAAAAACCUGGUAUGGGGUUCCUGGUCACGCAGCUUUGAAUUUUGAGAAAGUUGUGCGGGAGAAUGUGUAUGCCCGUGAUAUUCUAUCAGAUAAAGGAGAGGAUGCAGCUUUUGAUGUCCUUUUGGGAAAGACAACUAUGUUUCCUCCCAAUGUUUUAUUAGAACAAGGUGUACCUGUUUACAAAGCUGUGCAGAAGCCAGGGGAAUAUGUAAUAACUUUUCCUAGAGCAUACCAUGCAGGAUUUAGCCAUGGUUUUAAUUGUGGAGAGGCUGUAAACUUUGCCAUUGGAGAUUGGUUUUCUUUAGGGUCAAUUGCUAGUCGUCGCUAUGCACUUCUAAACAGGAUGCCUCUUCUUCCUCAUGAGGAGCUGCUUUGCAAAGAAGCAAUGUUUCUGUAUAAGAGUUCGGAAAUUGAAGACGCAGAUUAUUCUUCCGCUGAUUUAAUAUCUAACCGUACCAUAAAGGCUUCUUUCGUAACUUUGAUGCGGUUCCAGCAUCGUGCUCGUUGGUGCUUGAUGGAAUCAAGAGCUUGUGGUGCCGUUUCUUCUAAUCCUUAUGGAACUAUUCUCUGCAGUAUUUGCAAACGUGACUGUUUUUUGGCAUAUCUUAGCUGCAACUGUGACCAUCCCCAUUCUGUUUGCCUUCGCCACAAUGUUAAGUCACUCGACAUACCUUGUAGUGGCAAUCAAACUCUCUUUGUAAGGGAAGAUAUCUCAGAUAUGGAAGCUGCAGCGAAAAAGUUUGAGCAGGAGGAAAUUGUAAUUCUUGAAGCUCAACGUCAUUGUAGGAAAGGCGAUGAUAUGUAUCUGCUUUUCAAAUUGUUUCCAAGAGCUGAAGAAAAAGGAUACACUCCCUAUUGCAAGUUAAAAUUUGACUUUUUUGUUGAAUAUGCUGGAGCUGAUGAUUAUUCACCAGAUCCAGUAGCUAUCUCUUCUCAACUGUCUACAUCAUGCAGAGCCGUACAAGACAGAAGAAAAGUGUUGAAUAUUUCUCUCUCUCGUGCUUCAUCUGCUGCAUCAACUCUUUGUACAUUGAAGGAUCCUACUAAAAGCUUCUCGGUGGCUCAAUAUCAGGUACAGGGUAAUGCCACUUAUACCUUGGGAAAGCUGGUCUGUUCAUCAGCAUCAUCUCACGAAGUGCCUGAUUACAUUCAUGAUCCUUCAGUCUCCUUGCUGACAAAUGAAAGUUCUGUUUCACGCCAGCAAAGUAAUCAUGUUUUUGAGGUCAAACCAACUGACAAUCAGGAUGACGAUGAUUCUGACUCGGAGAUAUUCAGGGUUAAGCGAAGAUCUUCUGCUAAAAUGGCUAACAUCGACUUGAAUGUAGCUGCCUCGCAUUUUGAACGGGGGCUUAAGAGACUGAAGAAGCAUCAACCUAAUGGAAAGUGUGGGCAAGCGACAUCAUUUAGCUGUAGCACAACUGAUGAUUCUGACCAUAAUUCUUGUUCAAGUACAAUUCGUUCCAAAGAAGCGCAUAAUAGCACUUCCAGGAGUAGGAGUUCUGAUGGAACUCCAAUUCCUAUCUCCAUUAGGUACAAAAAAUUGUCACAUGAUGAAGCAGUGAGUAAGCACAUUGGAAACCAGAAAGAUGAUAGAUUUCUUCCAGAAAUGAUCAAGCGUGCAAGGAACCCGCCUCCAUUAGAGAUGGGGCCCAAGCGCCUUAAAAUUAAAGGUCCCUCUUUUAUGGGGUUAGAUGAAAGAUUGCGUUGAAUACUGAGAAGUACUGAUCUGGUUGACCUGACUAAAUCAUCUUAGCCUGACUUGCUACUAAUCUGGUUGACCUAGACUAAAAACAUCUUGACCUGACUUUAAACAUCAACUUCUUUAGCGAGGGAUGGAUUCAACAAGAGAGUAUAAAAUACAUAAUUGAUUUGUGGGAGCAUUGGUGGAAGAUUAACCAGCUUUGGAUGAAAGAAACUAACAUAUUUGCAUGGUCUAAAAUUUGAGGUGCAAAGAGUUGAACAGUGAAUAGUACAGUAGUGACUUUUGAUAUACAUCUUUUUUAUAGAGUUAAUCAAUUCUUGCGAGGUAAUUGGGCUAUUCCCACAAGCCUCCACAGUUAAUUUCAUUUCUUUUGCAAUUCAAAAUUCUUUUGUAGCAAUGGGUUCAAGUGAUGUUGAAUCCUUAAUAAGAUUCCAGAUAGAUUAAAUUUGGAUUUAGCUGUUCUGUUCUAAUUUUCAGUGGUUUUGACUUUUGAACUCA